GGGGAACAAUGAAAAAGCAUUCUUUAAUUUAAUUUCAGACGGAGCUGGGCUUUAAACCCUGGAAAUCAUGAUUUUGAAACCUCUGGACCACUGCAACCCCCUUUCCAACAAGACCAUGAUUAUCAGUCCAUAUGGAAAAUCAGGCAAUGUUCUGCAAGAGCCGUCGGGCAACACAUGUACACAGCUUUCAACUGGUGAUAAUGCAGUAAGGCAGAUGGCAACAACAACUGAGGCAUUGCUGCAGUUUCACAGACCUAUAUUGCCAGCCAUUUCAGAACAACCAAACAUCCCAAAUGUUAUUACAGAAACAUCCGACAAGCAAACGAAAGCAAGAAAGUCGCUGUUCUCCCCUGUCUCUGGACAAGCAACUGAUAAAAAAGGACCCAAAGUAGAGAGUUUCCAGGAUUUUAAAGUUCACCCUGUAUCACAGAAAGAAAUAACCAUUGGUGAUAACAGUAUACUAUGAAAGUGGAAAGAGGACAGUUGUCAUUGAAAACAAAGACCAUAUAAAAAUGUGUAAAGUCAUAUUCUACCAAAAAAAUGUUGAAAAGGGACUUAUGGAGAUUUUAGAAACAACCAGCAAAGAUCAAUUUGCUGCUUAUGCUGCAAAGAUAGUAAAGAAUGAAUGUGAAACUAUUUGUAAACGGCACUCGGACUUCGCAUUGACUGAUAAAACUUAUGAAGGGAUAAUGGAAUUCUCCUGGGACCACUUAUACCAAGACCUAUUACUUGGAGCUCCAAACACUUUACGCAUUGUGUCAUCCAUGGUAACCAGUAGCAUCCCAAUGCCAGUACCAAGCAAGGAAUUUCACCAUGCCCUUUUUGCAAUAGGUAUAAUAUUACAUGGACGAAACAGGGAAGCAACUACAUUGCAGUAUCUGAAUGGAAUGGUACUUCUUCAUGGAGGGUGUACACAUCAGGACAUGAAACGCUUGGCUAAGUUAGGUGUAUGUGUCUUUCCUGAGACAGUCAGAAAUAAACUGCAGUCCUGGCAAAGUAAUCUUGAUGAAAAACUGUUAGAAGUGAAGGAAAAAUGGUGCAAGGGUGACAGUAUGACAUAUCAACUUGUUGGCGAUAACUGGGAUAAAAAUAUAGUACCCUCUUACAGGACUUCUAAAAAUUCAACACAGUCAAUACAUCUUUUUAACGUUAUUGGCGUCAUUGACCGGAUUGUAAUAAAGAAGGAAGAAGGCACUCCUGUUAGGACAGUGGACAGCAUGACAGCCGUUGACUUUAUACCAUCUGAAGGGGACAUUGACAGUCUACAAAAAGAACUAACGUUCCUUGUGGCCAGAUCUGUUAUCCAAAAUAUUAAACAAAUGGAAGAUUUGUUUGGGAAAAUUUACCCUGGCCAUCUGGAGCAUAUCCACAGUAAUGAAGCUGGAAUGAAAACUUCGCAGUAUUCUCUUGGUCUUUUUGAUUGUGAUGAAAAGAAAACAGCAGAUGUCAUAAGGUUGUUGCAAAACUUGACAGAGAAAUACGUUCCCAAGAAGGAUGGGGAGAUUGUUGAAGAAGUUUUUUUUUGGAGGAUUUGGCGGGAGUCCAACACAGGUUUGAAGUGGGAGGACAAAGUCAUGGCCGAACACCAUCCUGUUUGGCGUUUGACCGGUGCUGACAUGUUGUGA